CGCUGUCGUCUCCGUGGGAUGAGCUGUCCGCUGCCCGGCACCGUGCUUACACUCAUGGGACUGCUCUUCGCCAGAACCAUGGCCUGGACUUCAAGCGGAAAGACGCACCCUGAGCUGGUGAACAACCUCUACAAAAAAGGGAUAAUUAAAUCCCAGCGAGUCUUUGAUGUGCUCUUGGCUACUGACAGAGGUCACUACAUCAAAUAUUUCCCAUACAUGGAUUCUCCUCAAUCUAUCGGAUACAAGGCUACAAUCAGUGCACCGCAUAUGCAUGCCCAUGCACUGGAAUUGCUCAAGGAUCGGCUUGUGGAAGGUGCAAAAGCGCUGGAUGUUGGAUCUGGCAGUGGAUAUCUUACAGCUUGCUUUGCCAGGAUGAUGGGCCCGACAGGGAAAGCUGUGGGUGUAGAGCACAUUAAAGAGCUGGUACAUGAAUCCAUGAGAAAUGUCCAAGAAGAUGAUCCAACUUUGCUCAGCUCCGGCCGUGUAAAGCUUGUGGUUGGAGAUGGCAGGCAGGGAUACCCCGAAGAGGCUCCUUAUGAUGCCAUUCAUGUUGGAGCGGCAGCAGCAACUGUACCAAAGGAGUUGCUGAAUGAAUUGAAGCCAGGAGGUCGGUUAAUAUUGCCCGUUGGUCCCGAAGGUGCAAACCAAGUUCUGAUGCAGUAUGACAAAACCAGCGAUGGGCAGAUUAUUGAAACACAACUGAUGGGUGUGAUCUACGUUCCUCUGACAGAUAAGGAAAAGCAGUGGCCUCGGUAAAAAUUUGCUCUGCCUUCAGGAAUGCUUCUUCCUCGCAGCUAUCCCUGUGAGCUUGCUCUCAUUGACUGCUGGCUUUCUGGCUUUACUGACAGAGUCCUGGAUUCUAGCAGAUGCUGGUUGGAGGGGAAAAAAGAA